CGGCGGCGGCGGCGCAGGAACCGAGGCCGCGGGCGGGAGGGCGGCGGGGACACGGGCGGCGCCCGCUGCUGUCACAGAGGCCGCGGCCGGGCGGGCGGGCGCGCGCGGCGACACGGGCCCCCCGAGCGCCGCCGCCGCCGCCCCGCGCGCCCCCCGAGCGCGCCCGCGACAUGUGAGCAUGGACAGCAGGACGCGGGAAAACCCAGAAAGAACCUUUGACCUGGUAUUGAACGUGAAAUGUCACUCCUCUGAAGGCGAAGAUCCCGUGGUUUUGUGGAAAUUCCCGGAGGACUUCGGAGACCAGGAAGUCCUGAAGAGCGUGCCCAAGUUCUGUUUCCCCUUCGACGUGGAAAGGGUGUCUCAGAACCAAGUGGGGCAGCACUUCGCCUUCGUGCUGACGGACAUCGAGAGCAAGCAGAGAUUUGGCUUCUGCAGACUCACCUCCGGCGGCAGGAUCUGCUUAUGCAUCCUCAGCUACCUGCCGUGGUUUGAAGUCUAUUACAAGCUUCUAAAUACGCUGGCGGAUUACUUGGCUAAGGAACAGGAAAAUGAUUUGAAUGCAACUCUCACAGCGCUCUACAACCACCCAGUCCCCAAGGCAAACAGCCCUGUCAAUCUGAGUGUGAACCAAGAGAUAUUUAUUGCCAGUGAGCAAGUUCUGAGAGAUCAGCCCUCCCUAGCACCGCACUCCUACUUCAUCGCCCCCGACGUAACCGGACUCCCGACCAUCCCCGAGAGUAGGAACCUCACCGAGUACUUCGUGGCCGUGGACGUGAGCAACAUGCUGCAGCUGUACGCCAGCAUGCUGCAUGAGCGGCGCAUCCUCAUCACCUCCAGCAAGCUCAGCACCUUGACUGCCUGCCUGCACGGAUCGGCCGCGCUGCUGUACCCCAUGUUCUGGCAGCACAUCUACAUCCCCGUGCUGCCGCCGCACCUGCUGGACUACUGCUGCGCUCCGAUGCCGUACCUGAUUGGAGUACACUCCAGCCUCAUAGAGAGAGUGAGGAACAGAUCGCUGGAGGACGUGGUGAUGUUAAACGUGGACACGAACACUUUGGAGUCCCCGUUUCACGACUUGGACAACCUCCCCAGUGAUGUGGUCUCGGCCCUGAAGACGAAGCUGAAGAAGCAGUCCACGGCCACGGGGGAUGGGGUGGCCCGGGCCUUCCUCAGGGCGCAGGCCGCUCUGUUCGGAUGCUACCGAGACGCGCUGAGAUACAAACCCGGGGAGCCCGUCACCUUCUGUGAGGAGAGCUUUGUGAGGCACCGCUCCAGCCCGAUGAAGCAAUUCCUGGAGACGGCCGUGAACCUGCAGCUGUUCAAGCAGUUCAUCGACGGGCGGCUGGCGAAACUGAACGCAGGAAAGGGCUUCUCCGACGCCUUCGAGGAGGAGAUCACCUCCGGGGGCUUUUCUGGAGGGAGCCCGAGGUCGUAUCAGCAGUGGGUACACACGGUCAAGAAAGGAGGCGCCCUGUUCAACUCCGCAAUGACCAGAGCGACCCCCGCGGUGCGGACAGCGUAUAAAUACGCAAAAAGCCACGCCAAGCAGGGCAUCAAGGAAGUGAAGAGCAAGCUGAAACACAAGGAGACUGAGGACGAGUGUGGGGCCUACUCCGGUUUUGUGCAGUACACCCCGGUCUACACCGUACACAACGACAAGGGGCCAAGCCGGGAGAAGCGCAGGCUCACCCAGGCACGCUUACAUAGGCCCCUCAAGAGCCUCGACGACGGCGCGCCGUGUGAGGACGAGGACGAGGACAUGGACCGGGCCAGCAAGCUGUCCUCGGAGGACGGAGAGGAGGCCGCGGCUUAUUCCUACGAAAGCGAUGACUCGGUGGAGACGCGAGGGAAGACGCUGUACUCGGGGGAGAUGGACCUGCUGGGCGAGAUCCUGGACACGCUGAGCACCCACAGCUCCGACCCGGGCAAGCUGGCGGCCGCCAAGAGCCUGGACUUCUUCCGCUCCAUGGACAACAUCGACUACCAGCCCGCGAAUAAAUCCAACGCCCCGAGCGAGGACAACCUGGCGGCCCUCUGUGGCGGGUCCGGGGACCAAGGCGACUGGAACCGGGGCCAGGACGACAGCGCCCUCCACGGCCGACACCUGCCCCCGUCCCCCAGGAAGCGGGCCAGCUCCAGCUGCGCCACGGGCUCACUCUUCAGCCUGAAGGAGGAGAACAGUGCCAGGCCCCUCGACGGGGCCCCCGGGAGCGGCCCUCAUGGGGCGGACCAGCCGGCCUCCCCCUCUGAGCUGGGUGCCCCGCGGGCUCCUCCGGACGCUGCCCGGACUGAGGAAGGAAAAGCAGAGAAGGAGGAAACACUAAGCCAGGCCCCAGACGAUCUGCUGAUCCCCAGCCUCGGGCGCCGGCCGUCCUCCUCGGUCCCGUGGGAGAAGGAAGGCAACGGCGUCCAGGGGGCUCCGGGAGACCCUGGGCCGCUCCACGAAGCCGCGUCGCUGUGCCCCGCGGCGCCCGCCUUCCAGCCCGACGGGAACGUUCCGGGGGGAAGCAUGAGUGGAAACCAGGCCUCCGUCAAGAACUGAGGGCCAGCCUCGGGCGUCCACGCGUCUCGGGAGACACUGGAGGGUCCCACAGGACUGUGCAGUAAACAGUUACUUGUAGGCAUGGCAACGCUCGCUGUUGUCUAGACAUUUUCGUUUUCAUGGGAGACAUCACCCGCGGAUCUGGUGGGCCCGUGCGACCCAUUGAUCUUUCGGGGUGAAAGCUACUUCUUCUGCUGUGCUCUUCAGUCAGGUACUAGUGUGUGUGUGUGUGUGUGUGUGUGUGUGUGUGUGUGUGUGUGGAGAUUAUCAUUGGACACGUGACUUCCCAGGAUUGGUGCUUACCGCCCUGCAUUUUAUUUAAACGGAGGAUGCGUACGGAAGCCUUGCACGUGACCGGCGCUACUCCAGGAAACGAUCCAGUUAGCUAAACGUAUCCGAACUCCCCUCCAACUGCUGAAACUCUUGACCCACGAUUGCCUUAAUCUUCCGCCACUCGUCAGCAAACGUAGCCACUCAUGGAAUCGCCUGUCAACCCUCCCAGAGACGUUAGACGUGGCCUGCGGAGCAAUAACGCCUUUCUAGUCAUUGAGUCCAGGACAAAAAUCUCUCUUUUUUGUGUUUUUGUUUUGUUUUGUUUUUAAUGAAAAGCUCUUGUGGACGCUGCAGCCACGUCUUCCGAAAAACAAGUCUCCGGGCCCAUGCCUUUCACACAGGGAGCUUCUUGCACGACAGCGUGAAGGGGAUGCCUCCUUUUUACACGCGAGACACUUUCCACGCCUCCCCCAGCCUCUCGGGGAGGCCCUCCCCACUCCUCCCUCCCCCUCCCCCUCCUCCCUCCCCUCAGAGAGCCAAAGGCCACCCACACUGUCCUGACUUUUUAAGUUCUGAUCUUUUUCUUUCCUUAACUAAUACUUCUCUAACUUGCUUAUAUCUUCAAGUUGGGUUUUAAAGUAACUGACUUUACAUGUUAGACGUUUUAAACUUCCAGGAAAAUUGUCCAGGAGGUCCUGAGCUCCCGUCCAUCCCUACCCACAAUUCCCCUGUUCUAAUAGCCCAGGUCAGUAUGGAUGGUCCAUUCAUCACAAUCAAUGAAUCAGUAUUUAUUUUUAAAUAUAUUUUUUAUUGAUUUCACAGAGGAAGGGAGAGGGAGAGAGAGAGACCCACAUCGAUGAGGAGAGAUGAUCAUGGAUCGGCUGCUUCCUGCACGCCCCGCACUGGGGAUCGAGCCUGCAACCCGGGCCUGUGCCCUGACCGGGAAUCGAACCGUGGCCUCCUGGUUCAUAGGUCGAUGCUCAACCACUGAGCCACACCGGCCGGGCUUCGUGAGUCAGUAUUGAUGGUCCACGCCCCUUUCAGACGCCCUGAGUCUUCCCUGCUGUCCUGUCUCGGUCCUAGGCCCAUGUGGCUGUCAUGUCUCCUUAGGUCCCCCCUUGGCUGGGAGAGCUGCCCGGCCCCUCACGGGUACCAUUUCCCUCGAGGUCUUUUCAGCUGGAUCCGUGCCUUACUGACCACGCGGAGUCAGCGUUCGCGUCCACGUUAGGAACAAAAGCCAAGCCAAACACUCCCCCUGCUAUGCCGGGAAACCAUCCGAAAGACUAGCAGCGAGGACCCCUGUUUCGGCCCAUGGAACCGUUGGGUAUUCAACGUCUGCUCUUCAGCUGGACUCCCCAGCGCCCCGGUGGACGUGGGGGGAAUGAAGUGAAAUUCACGUGAGGUCUGCCGUGGACAGGAGUGUCCUUUUCUACUCGGCUCCUCUCAUCUGUUCCCACGAAGCCAGCUAUUUGCCGAUUCCCCUGCUGCUGGGAUUUUACGUGUUUGAAGACCUAACACCUGUUUGUCCGACGAAGAGACUUGUGUAGAUGAGGGAGACGGGCUCUCCACAGAGCCCGGGUUCUCUCCGAAAUCCCCCCUCCUCCUCCCCCCCACAGCCCGCAUCCUUUGCCCUUAUCGGGGGUCCCCGUGGCAUUGCAGGGGGAGGAAGAGCAGCGUGUGAACUCCAGGGCUCUUGCUCUGUUGAGGGAGAGUGUUAGGAAGUAGCAUUAGGAGUGUUGGUAGCAGGAUGGUGACCGCCUUUCGCAUGUUUUAGAAAAGCACCCGAUGAUAGCAUGAUCGUUGUUCUAUUAAAAACGAACAGCCCUCUCAUUUAGAAAGCAGUCACGGACUCUUCGUCCCGGACAUAUGCAAGGAGCCGUAUCUGCGGACGGAGGGAAAGAAAACGGUGGACAUUGUCCCUACUGCGAAGGGACCCGUUAAAAGGGAUUGCAAAUAUCAAUAAUAGUGAUGAUGAUGAUGGUAAUAAUAAUAAUAAUAAUAAUAAUAAUAAUAAUAUUCUGCUUAGAUGUUAUUAACCCAAGAUUCUACUACCAAAAAAGCCUCUUCAAGCUGCUUCAUCUGAUUCUUGCUCUAAGUCAGAACCACAGUGCCAUGUCCAAGCUCAUGACCUUUCUCUGUAAUUAUAUGAAGAAUCUAGAAUAAUGCUGCUACCCGAGGUACCUACUUUUAUUUUUAUUUUUUAAAAUAUAUUUUUAUUGAUUUUAGAGAGGAAGGGGGAUGGAGAGAGAAAGGGAGAGAGAGAGAGAGAGAGAGAGAGAGAUAGAAACAUCAAUGAUGAGAGAGAAUCACGGAUCGGCUGCUUCCUGCACGCCCCACACUGGGGAUGGAGCCCGCAACCCGGACCUGUGCCCUGACCGGGAAUCGAACCCUGACCUCCUGGUUCCUAGGUCGACACUCAACCCCUGAGCCACACCAGCCCAGCUCUAUUUCCCUCCCUUUUGAAUGAAGACUGUAUGUGACCGUUCUGUCGCUAACUCCCUAAUAGGAUCCAGGGUUUGAAUGAGUCAGUUGUGUCUUAAACAGGGUGAGGAAGUUCGGCUCCUGUGCCAGAGGAGAAAACUGUGAAUAUUCUCAACAUCAGUAGCUCUUCCUUCUCUUCUAGAAAAAUCUGGGUUUUCGGGGGGGAAAAAAAUUACUCUCAUAAAUACAUUUUUGGAUGCGAAUGCCAUUUUGUUUAGCAUAAGACACCUUGAUUCUGGGCCGAGAUUUGUCCAUGGGAACACAAGUUUAAGAAUGUCACGUGAAGAAAAAAAAAAAAAGAAUGUCAGAUGAGUCCCCAAAUCUAAUUUCUCCAAAGCGCC